AUGGGCAACGACCAAUGGAGUUUUCAAAACCUGCUGGGUUCAUUCAGGAGGCUGGAAACUGAUACCGACUUCAGUGAUGAUUUCCAUGGGAACGACGGCCCAAUAAUCGCCCGCCGCUUCAAGCCGGAAGACUGGCUGCCCGCCCAAUCGGCGUUUUAUAGCGCCUGCAAAGCCUACGGCUUCCCCGACAGCCCAGACCACAACAGCCCCGAUGCCUCGGGCAUAGGCCCCACGCCGUUCAACAAUCCCAACGGCAUCCGAUGGAGCACCGCGUUGGGGUAUCUGGACCCGGCCCGGCACCGCCUGAAUCUCACGAUUCGGCCCAACUGCACCGUUCACCGCAUAAUGAUUGAAGGCAACCGGGCGAUCGGGGCGGUGGUGGAAAGCGGGGGCGAUAUUUUCACCGUCGAAGGCGACCAGAUUAUUCUCAGCGGAGGAGCCAUCGCGUCCCCGCAACUGCUCAUGCUUUCGGGAGUAGGUCCGGCUGAUCACCUCCGCAGCCACGGUAUCCCGGUGGUGAACGAUCUUCCCGGCGUGGGACAGAACCUGCGCGACCAUCCCAUCGUACCGCACAUUUCCUGCACCUGCAAAAUGGGUCCAUCGUCCGAUCCCAUGGCGGUGGUUGACCAGUUUGGCAAGGUCCACGGACUGGACGGUAUCCGCGUCGUCGAUGCAUCCAUCAUGCCCGACUGCAUCCGGGCCAACACCAACGUCACCACCAUGAUGAUCGGCGAACGGGUCUCCGAAUUCAUGCUGCAAGGCAGCUAG